GCGACAGUUAGCACUUCCUGUUUGGGUUUUCUGGAGAGUCAACAGCAGUAGACGCAAUCACAGACAGGCUUAACGCAACUAAACGACUGCACAAUGACAACAUACCCACAGUGCUUUACACCCUGACGCAGAUAAGGGUGCAUCAUGCCUAGCUCCAUCCUGAGGGCUGUUGAUGUUUAUGGGAGGGUUUACAGCCUUUCAACAGCGGGCCAGCAGUGGGAACAUUGUCGCGAUGCCCACUUGGAGUUCAAACGUGUCUCCGCCGUGCAGCAGUGUUGCUGGGGCAUCGCCUGUGAUCACAACAUCUACCUGAAUGUCCAUGCCAGCGAUGUGCCCAUUCGCUACCAAGAGGAGACAUAUGAGAACCAGAGGUGGAACCCCGUCGAUGGCUUCUCGGACCGGCUGUUGCCCAGCGAUCGCUGGCAGUGGAGUGAUGCCACAGGUUUGAAUCACCAGCCGCUGAGUGGGUUUCAGUUGCCCUCUGAGAACUGGGAGUGGGAGGGAGACUGGCACCAGGAUGAAAACUUUGGUGGAGAGCCCACAGAGAAAGGGGGAUGGACGUACGCCAUUGACUUUCCAGCUAUGUACACGAAAGAUAAAAAGUGGAAUUCUUGCGUACGCCGCUGUCGAUGGAUACGAUACAGAAGGUACAAGUCACAGGAUGCCUGGGUAAAGAUCCCCUCGGAGCAGACCAAAGCACUGCCCGACCCGUUCAAUGACAUCAGCUGUGGUGGCUGGGAGAUCACUGAGGAACCCAGAGGGUGUUUGGCACUGUGGGCGGUGUCUCUCCAGGGAAAGGUGUGGUUCAGGAGUGGCAUCCACCAUCAUAAUCCUGAAGGUUCUUUUUGGGAGGAGGUUGCUGUGCCUGGGGAGGUGGUGCAGGUAAGCUGUGGGCCGGGUGACCUGGUGUGGGCCGUCCUGUGGGAGGGUCACCUGCUGGUCAGAGAGGGCAUUGGCAGAGACUGUCUUAAGGGUACAUCAUGGGUCACAGUGGAAUCACCGAAUCCUGGAGUGGGUGCUGUGCAUGUAGCUGUUGGUGUAAAUGUAGUGUGGGCUGUUACUAAAGAUCAUAAGGUCUGGUUUAGACGGGGUGUGAAUUCUCAUAAUCCUUGUGGCUCGGGCUGGAUAGGUAUGGUUGGAGAGAUGGUGAUGAUCAAUGUAGGCCUCAAUGACCAGGUAUGGGCGAUAGGUUUUGAGGACCGAGCGGUGUAUUUCCGUCAGGGCGUGACAGCAAGUGAGCUGAGUGGGAAGACCUGGAGGGUUGUGUCUGUGUCUAGAGACAGCGAUCGUUCCCAUUCCAGUGCCAGCGCAAACAGUCUUCAGAGCGCUGGCUGUUUCUUUGGUGGUGAGGUGCGUGUGGAGUCUCAAGCUUCUGUGGUAAGUGACAUUGACCCUGUUACUGAGAGAGCAGUGGGUGAAGUUCUUCCCGCAUCUGAGACCGAAGACAACCCUAAACCACGUAUCCCUAAAGUCACUAGUGACAGCUUCAUCUCAGAGCUGGUGUCCGACCGCGAGGGUCAGAUCGGUCGGCGUGACGCGUCCGCACCAGCAGCUGGUCCGUCUAUCCCCGAGGAGGAAUCUGCGGAAAAGGAAGCGGAGGACAGGGGUUCUCCAGCACAGGUUCUCUCUCCUAGCCAAUCAGGUGGGCUGGACCCUCAGUGGAGCAAUGUGGACCUGGAAGAGGCUCAGAUUCAGACUUCAGGAACUGCGGGUGACACAGCCGAUAUCAGCAGUCUGUCUUCUGUAGCUACCUAUAAUUUGGCCCAGGAGGAGCUUUACGGGUCUGAUGAGCAUCAAAAAUGGGCCUGGGUCAGUGGAGGAGGAUGUGCGGUCGACAGUCACAUGCAGCUUAACUGGUUUAACUCAUCUACAUCCACAGCACUGAACUGCUCUAUGCAGGCCAUGUCUCUUUCUAUCACACCCGCACAAACAGCGGCCUGGCGCAAACAGAUUUUCGAGCAGCUCAGCGAACGCUCCAAGAGAGAAAUGGAGAAUUUCACACAUUAUGAGCAGGCCAUUGAACAGUCCGUGUGGGUGAAGAAGGGCAGCAUGCAGUGGUGGCGAGACUGGAAACCUCAUAAGUGGGUGGAUGUUCAAUUUGCGCUGGAGCAGUUCUCAGGAGUGGACGGCAGCAAGGAUGGCAUUCUGUUUAUCUACUACACCUGCAACGAUGAGAAGAAGUAUCUACACACAUUCAUCAAUGAAGUGACAAUACUGGUGCCAGUACUCAAUGAAUCCAAGCACACGUUUGCCAUCUACACAGCAGAGAGAACCAAACAGAGGUGGCCCAUCCGUCUGGCUGCUACAGCAGAGUUGGAGAUGUACGACUGGCUGGCUCUACUCAGCGUGUCCUGCUGUGACUCCAGAGGUAUACAAGGCCCUCCCUCAAAACAGGCCAUCUGGUCGAUCACCUGUAAAGGUGACAUCUUUGUGAGCGAGCCUACGAAAGAACUUGAAGCAUCGCUCUAUCCAACACCAUGUGAUCAGAUGUUUUGGCGUCAAGUCGGAGGCCAUUUGCGUAUUAUUGAGUCUAACAGUCUUGGUGUGGUGUGGGGGAUCGGUUACGACCACACCGCCUGGGUUCAUACUGGAGGCUACGGAGGAGGAUUCUUUCAGGGGUUGGCAAGCAGCACAGAUAACAUCUACACACAGACGGAUGUGAAGAGUGUUUAUAUAUAUGAGAACCAGCGCUGGAACCCCGUCACUGGCUACACUAACAGGGGUCUCCCUACUGAUCGGUACAUGUGGAGUGAUGCCUCAGGUCUGAAGGAGUGCACCAAAACUAAUUCUAAACCACCCUCCCCAAACUGGACAUGGGUGUCAGAUUGGACUAUUGACUAUGCUGUGGCACUAGGAACAGACAGAGAGGGCUGGCAGUAUGCAGCGGACUUUCCUGCGUCAUACCAUGGAAACAAAACAUUAAAGGACUUUGUCCGGCGCAGGCGUUGGGCCAGAAAGUGUAAACACACAACAACCGGCCCCUGGCAGGAGGUUCCGCCUAUACCUCUAAGUGACGUAACAAUCCUGCCGUGCGGGCCAAAGAACACAGUAGAACAGGUGCCACUCUGGGCCAUCAGUAACAAAGGGGAUGUUCUGUGUCGUCUGGGUGUCACCUCACUGACCCCUGCAGGGUCGUCAUGGUUACACGUAGGAACUGACCAGCCUUUCAAGUCCAUUUCUAUAGGUGCUGUCCAUCAGGUGUGGGCCAUUGCUAAAGAUGGCUCGGCAUUCUAUAGGGGCUCUGUAUCGGUCCAGGACCCCGCAGGAGAUUGCUGGUACCACAUCCCCUCUCCGGCCGGACAGAAGCUCAAACAGGUUUCAGUGGGCAGGACGUCAGUUUACACUGUGGAUGAAAAUGGUAACCUGUGGUACAGACAGGGUGUGACCCCCAGUUACCCUCAGGGCUCAUCUUGGGAGCACAUCUCUAAUAAUGUGCGAAAAGUAUCAGUGGGACCUCUAGACCAGGUGUGGGUCAUUGCAGAUAAAGUGCAGGGUAGCCACAGUCUCAGCUGUGGAACUGUAUGUCGCCGGCUGGGGGUGCUGCCUACAGAACCCAAAGGUCACUCGUGGGACUAUGGCAUUGGGGGUGGAUGGGAUCACAUAACGAUAAGGGGGAAUGCCGUGGAAGCCCCUCGCAUCAAGAUGCCACCCUUAACUGAAAACAGCAGCCACCAAAUAUCAGGCUCACUGCAAACCCGUAACCAGCCUGAGAUCAAUGGAAACCCAGUAGAUGUUAGUCAAGCACCCCCAGAGUCUCUCACUAACCAUCUCUAGUGUAGCCAUAUUCACUUCUCCUCUGUAGAACAGAGAGUUGCUCCUGUGUGCAGAUGACUCAUCACGUCCUCUUGUUGAUCUGUGUCUUCAUGUAAGCUUAAAAACAUUUGUUUCAAGUGCUUUCGUGGAUAACACGGUCACUUCCAGUACCGCUCUCUCUUUUAUUCCAGUCGUUUUUGUUUUUACACUUUUGGUUUGGAUCUUAAUUUAAUGGUUAUUUAUUUGUUUGUGGUCAUAUCGUUUUGCUUUUUUUCGCAAUUCUUAAAUGGAGUUUAGUGCCAUUGAAUACAAAGGCACAAUGUGAGUAACUGAAAAUUUCAACACACAUUUUAGAUUAAACAUUACAAAACAAAGCUAUCAAUUCAAAUAACUGCUUCAAAAAUUAAUUUUCAGUUUGGAUACAAUGUCAUUAAACGUGAGUUAUGGGGUAAAAAAAUACAGUAAUUAUACUUAUUGAUGCCCGGCACAUGCCACGCAAAGAGAAAGAAUUAUAUGGGAGCAAUGAAUUAAGAAUUAAUUCCAACCAUUAAUCACUACUUGUGCAUGUUUUGAUAAGUCAUUGCCUUAUUAAAGGGAAAUUGUGCCCACGUUUCACUAAUUUCUCUUAAAAAACUCCUAUCUGCAAUUUAAUAAACAACCACUCCUUAAUAAUAAAAGAUGUGGCUGUUGUUAUGGACCAUACAUCUUUGGUGAUGUUUGCAAUCAAUGACUGUGAAGGGGAACCUGUUUACAAAAAAUCUAAAACAUGGACACAAUUUACCAUAAACAAGGAAACAAAUUUUUAAAACAUGCUUAUGUAUAAAUAAAUCAUUGAUUAAAUUCUUAUUUGCGGCCACAAUAUAGAUUUUUCUCAUGUCAAGUGCGAGGCUCCAUAAAGCGGCAUAUAAUCUUGCAUAAUUUAGUGGCCAAGACAUCAAAAAGAUCUUCUUAUAUCAGAUAAAUAGAUUAUUUCACAUUUUUAAUCAAAGGUGAAAUGGCAAUGUGGUACUAUGUAAAAGGAGGAAACGUUUGGUUUUUGGAGUUAGCAAAAAAAGUGCAAUAUUUAAUUUUUAACUUGACAAUGUUAUGAAAAAUGUAUUUCCUCAGGAUGACACGACAUUUCUUUCCAUUCACACAUAACAAUGGUAUAAUUCUGUUUAAAGGCAGCAGCACAAAUUUCAGAGAGUAACAGUAUUUAUACUAAAAUGUUGAUUGUUUUUAUCUUUCCUAUUCUAGUAAGUUAUGUUGUAUAUGUGGCUGUAUAAAUUUGAACUAUUUAUGUUAUACAGUUGGAUGUUGGUAUUUAAGGGCCUAAUGUGAAUAAAUUGUGGGCAUUAUUUAAGGUCACUGCUGUAAAUAAAGAAAAUCUUUAUAUAAAAUAUAUGCAGGUGAGAGAGAAAGAGGGAGAGAGAGUUGACAUUAUCUAGACAAACGAUCUCUCCACAGGUGAACUUGAAAAUGAAAUCGAUAUAAUAGUUUUAACUUAUUUAGUGUAGACAGAUAGGCUCUGUGAAAAUGCUGCUGUAAGAAAACAACAGUAAAGUGAAUCUCAGAGCACUUUAGCUUUCAAUGUCAUUGUGCAUGGUUUGUGUCCACAAUAAAUAUAAAGUCUACUCCACAACUCUGUACUUUUCACUUCAAAAUAUAUUAUAACCUCUUAUGAACCAGAAGAUUUCCUUCGCAUGACUCAUAUUGAAAAGGUUACUAGCUAAUUUUGAUGUAGGGUUGGCAAAUAACAUCCACGUUGCGUCACUAUAAUGUCCUCUCAUUCAG